CCAGCUUUCCUGGAAGUCCCACCCCCGGACAUGCUUCCCAGCCCUACUGCGGGAAACCUGACGGUAGUGCUUCCAGCUUCCCGAGACCCCGCCUCCUGGCCAGGGGUCCGUCCCGAAGCCUGACUCCCAGAAGGCCAGGGCCCCGCCCCUCGGCCGCCCGGCCGGGCCCGCGAGGCCACGCCCCCAGAGCCCCGCCCGAGGCCCCGCCCCCUCCCGAUCACGUCGGCGGUGCGAGAGCCUGGCCUCCGGGAAGUCCCGGGUGCAAGCGACCUGGGGCCACGCCCCCUCGGGAGAGCUCCGAGUGGGACCCGGGCCCCCUCAGAAGUGCCGUCUUGGGCCCCGAGGGCCCUGGCAGACAGAGUUCCCUUUUCUCGCGUGGGCCUCGGGCCCGGCUGUCCCUAGCGCUCUUGGUCCGGCAGGUGGGAAGUCCAGGUGUCCCGCCCGGUUCUGAGCGGCGCGAGGUCCGGGGCAGACCUCCGCUUCCCCUGCCCCCUGCCAAGACUUGGGGUUGGGCGCGAGAGGGGGACGGAGGCUUGCUCCUGGGUGCCCGGCCCUGGAGUUUCCCUGCCCAGGACCGACUCCGCCCCAGAGACAGCUGUAGGUCUCACACCUGCACCUCGGGAGCUGGUAGGGCCAUGGGUUUGCUGGCGUGUGACCCGCGGGUGCGACAGGAGCGAAAGUUCUCUGCUGCCAGAAAACGGUGGCUUGGCGUGGGUGGAGGGGACAGUGACCUUUUUGCUGUUUUAUUUUUAUUUUAUUUUUUUUUGGACUCCCCAGUCUCCAUCGUUUCUUUGGCUCUUCCCCUCCCCCCUUCCAGAGUUCUUGUCUGGGCAUUCCUCUUGGUCCCGCUCGCCCAGCCUUCCCUUCUGGAAACAUUCCUGAGGCUUUCGCCAUUUCCUGCUACUUGCCUCCUCCUCCCUGCUGGGCUGAGCUGCCACGAGCAGCUUCUCCCCCACACCCAGACACCCCGACUCCCAGUAGGCAGUCUCUUUUCCUAUGCAGAUUUAAAGCGCCCGACUUCCGCUGUCUCUCCUCCAAACGCCCACACCUGUUGAUUGUUCCCUGCCUCUGGAUUGUGCGGGCUCCCGUGGGCUCCCGUGGGCUCCCGUAGGCGGAGACGUCCUGCCCUGCGUGUUGGGGGUGCGAGGCCAGGGCAGAACCCCUUCUUCUAUCUCUCUGGGCCUGAGCGCUGAAGGCCUGAGGAAAUGGAGUGACUGAGACCAGGGGAGAGUUUAGCAUGGUAUCUAACACCAUAUAAGUGUUAGUAUUAUCAGUCGUUGUAGUUUGCAUCUUUGUAUCUUCUGGAGUUUUAAGAGUAGGUAAUCCCGAGAUGAGCGUGGGGGUCCUGUGUAUCUUCAACUAAUUGUUUUGCUCCUCCAUGGCCCCUCUAGCAGAGCUGUGUCUGGGAGCCGGGUUUGGAAGGGAUGGCUGGGGCUGUUCCCCAUGUCCAGCCCCAGCCUUCCAGGCACAGCCUUGUCUGCUGCUCUCUCUGUCCCUUUCUGGCCUGCAGCCCCCACUUCUCCUGGAGAAUGGUUUCACUUUUCCUCCUCCUCCAGCCAGACUUUGCCCCUGGUUUUGGGGGGCACUGUGCUCCGUGGUGGACAUAUGCAACUUCCCCUCUCCCCACUCCAGGAGGAGGAGCUCGAACCAGCCAGCCGCCCCUGCCAGCUUGCUUUGCUGACUAGGCCUGUGGAAGGGGCCACAGAGAAGUGCUUGGCUGGGGGCUGCUGCUCCUUGGCCUGGUGGGUGCUGUGGGAGGGCUCCAUCAGCCUGUCCUGUGCCCCAGCUUUCGCCCUGGUGCACCGCCCAGGACAUGAACAAGCUGAGUGGAGGCGGCGGGCGCAGGACUCGGGUGGAAGGGGGCCAGCUGGGGGGCGAGGAGUGGACGCGCCACGGGAGCUUUGUCAAUAAGCCCACACGGGGCUGGCUGCAUCCCAACGACAAAGUCAUGGGACCCGGGGUUUCCUACCUGGUUCGGUACAUGGGCUGCGUGGAGGUUCUGCAGUCAAUGCGCGCCUUGGACUUCAACACCCGCACCCAGGUCACCAGGGAGGCCAUCAGCCUGGUGUGUGAUGCCGUGCCCGGUGCCAAGGGGGCGACGAGGAGGAGAAAGCCCUGUAGCCGCCCGCUCAGUUCCAUCCUGGGGAGGAGUAACCUGAAAUUUGCCGGGAUGCCGAUCACUCUCACCGUCUCCACCAGCAGCCUCAACCUCGUGGCCGCAGACUGCAGACAGAUCAUCGCCAACCACCACAUGCAGUCUAUCUCGUUUGCGUCCGGUGGAGACCCGGACACAGCUGAGUACGUCGCCUAUGUUGCCAAAGACCCGGUGAAUCAGAGAGCCUGCCACAUCCUGGAGUGUCCUGAGGGGCUGGCUCAGGAUGUCAUCAGCACCAUCGGCCAGGCCUUCGAGUUGCGCUUCAAACAGUACCUCAGGAACCCGCCCAAGCUGGUCACCCCUCAUGACAGGAUGGCUGGUUUUGAUGGCUCAGCUUGGGAUGAGGAAGAGGAAGAGCCACCUGGCCACCAGUACUAUAAUGACUUCCCGGGAAAGGAACCCCCUCUUGGGGGAGUGGUGGACAUGAGGCUUCGGGAAGGAGCCCCCCUUGGGGCAGCUCGAUCCCCCCCACCUGUUGGCCAGACCCCCAGCCACCUGGGAGCAACGCUGCUGGUGGGGCAGCCUGUGGGGGCAGACCCGGAAACCCGCAGACAGAUGCCACCUCCGCCGCCCUGCCCAGCAGGGAAAGAGCUCUUUGACGAUCCUUCUUAUGUCAACGUGCAGAACCUGGACAAGGCCCGGCAGGCAGGGGGUGGGGCUGGGCCUCCCAAUGCUGCCGUCAAUGGCAGCACGCCCCGAGACCUCUUUGACAUGAAGCCCUUCGAAGAUGCCCUUCAGGUGCCUCCGCCCCCCCAGGCGGUGGCCAUGGCUGAGCAGCUCCGAGGGGAGGCCUGGUUCCACGGGAAGCUGAGCCGGCGGGAGGCCGAGGCGCUGCUGCAGCUGCACGGGGACUUCCUGGUGCGGGAGAGCGCGAGCAGCCCGGGCCAGUACGUGCUCACUGGCCUGCAGAGCGGGCAGCCCAAGCACCUGCUGCUGGUGGACCCAGAGGGCGUGGUUCGGACAAAGGACCACCGCUUUGAGAGCGUCAGUCACCUCAUCAGCUACCAUGUGGACAAUCACUUGCCCAUCAUCUCUGCGGGCAGUGAACUGUGUCUCCAGCAGCCCGUGGAGCGGAAGCUGUGACCAUCUCAGUGCUUUCUCCCCGAAGGGGCCCUCCCACCCCUUCCACCCUACUCCUUGAUUCUCAGGACCUCAUGUGGGAGCGUUCUGUGGGCGUGGCCUUGUGUUGGAGCUGGGGAUAGUGUGGACACGGCUCAGCACCCACUGAAUGAGAGGGUUUGUCAGAAGCUGGGCAUAGAAUUCUGUUUCUUCCCGAACCUUACCAAAGUAUUAUUGAACAGAGUGGCUCCCUUCCCUGGGCCUUUCCUGUGCCAAUCUGAUACCCCCUUCCCCAAGAAGGUGGGUGCUUGAGGCGUGGGCAGUGUGUCUCCUUGAAGUGAGAAAGGCUUUAAUGGGGGCAUUCACCUUUCCAAGGAAGGGGGAUGAAUCACACCUUUGGUCUAUCCCUGGGCUCAGGGUAUACCCCAGACCCCUUUCAACAACCCUCCCUCCCAGUGGUUAAACUUUGUGCCUUUGACCAUCUCCUAGGUCUGAAGAUAUUUUAUGCAAAGAGUUCUUGAGCCCCUGAGGUUGAGGGUGGGGGUACUGACACCUUCUUGGCUUCUGGGACCCCCCUCCAGUUGAGGUUGGGAGAACAGAGGCAGGAAUGUUAGCUGUCCCUUCUACCCCGGGACAGGCAACCCUUAGAUAUUGCCUCAGAGCCCCCUUCCUGGCCAGCGGGGAGAUGGACCCCUCCCUUGCUCAGUGCCUCCUGGCCAGGGGGCACCCCUCACCCAAGGGGUCUGUACAUACAUUUCCUAAGUCCUGUGUCGUCUUCCCCCCCACCAUGUUGCAUGCAUCUUACACUCUACAGCCAAAGCAUAGCUCUGGGUCCUGCAACCCUCCUGGGGGGGGGGGUGGCGGGUGUUGGUCGGGGGGUGGCAGGGACUGGAUUUAGUCCUCCUGACCUGGUAUCUUUCCCAGGGGGAUCUGUGGAGGCAGGAACGGGGCAAUCGAGAAGAAAGCAGUGGACAAUCCCCAAAUACCAUCUGUAGACUUGGGAUUUAUUUUUAUUUUUUAUGCAUAUAUUUUAGGGCUAUAAGUUUAUUUUCCUUAUGUGUUUUCCGUGGCAAAAUGACAAUAAUCAAUUACGUGUACACGUCACCUCUUUGACUUUUCAAAGCCUUUUACAAUGAUUGGCAUCUUCCUCCUCCCACCCAGUCUUGGCGGCGGCUGGGCCCACAGCAUUCUCCUUUCCAGCAGAGACGCAGGGCUCCAGGAGGGGUCCCAAGCCAGGACGGCGCGAGGCGGGGAGGCCCCACGGGUGCGAGCCGCUUCACUCCUACAGCAACGGGGCCUGGCCGCCUCGCCCGCCCUUCGCAGAGCGCCUGGAGCGCGUCCUGCCGCUGCGAGUCUGGGUCUCCUCCGUCUCCGUCCCGGCCUUUCCGUCUCGUUCGCGCGUCUCCACGGGUCUCGAUGAUACCAAAGGGAAAUCGUCAUUAAAGUCCCUAUUUCUUGUA